CCCCAAUAUAAAACUUAUGAGCCCGGGAUAAACUGCGACACAAAAAGAGCUACUGUACUAAAUAUCAUAAUCGCCCCGCCACUAUUCAAAUCUGUACCUUUUUUCCCCCCUUCAAACUCACUGCUCCAUAAAUCCGGCAAGAACGAUUCUGAAAUAAAUAUCUCCCAACCCAACCCCCCAGACCACCAGCACUUCCCUCUCGCCCUCCCCCCCCUCCUCCAGAUCAUCCGCCAUGGCCAGCGCCGAGCUCCCGCCAACAUGCAAGGUCGUCCUCGCCGGGGGCAUCGCAAAGGGCCUCUUGGCUGAGGUGGCAGAGGGCCUGUCGACGCUGAAGACCAAACCACGUGUGAUUGGGCUUUUGGCCAAUGAUGAUCCGGCGGCGAAAAUGUAUGCGGAUUGGUCGUCUAAGACUUGUAUUGAGAACGGCUUCUCCUUCGACCUCCAAACCGUCACCAAAGACACCCUCGAAGACGCCAUCCAAUCCGCCAACACCAACUCCCUCAUCAACGGCAUCCUCGUCUACUACCCCGUCUUCGGCCCCACGCAGGACCGCUACAUCCAACAGCUCGUCGCCCUCGACAAGGACGUCGAAGGCCUCGCCCACCGCUACGUCUUCAACCUCUACCAGAACAUCCGGUUCCUCGACCCUGCGAAGACGCUGAAGUCCAUCCUGCCUUGCACCCCGUUAGCGGCUGUGAAGGUGCUCGAGCACCUCGGGGUGUACAAUACCAUCCUACCCUACGGCAACCGCCUGCACGGCCGCACAAUCACAGUAAUAAACCGCUCCGAAGUAGUAGGCCGCCCCCUCGCCGCCCUCCUCGCCAACGACGGCGCCACCGUGUACUCCGUCGACAUAGCAGACGUACAACUCUUCACGCGCGGCACAGGCCUAAAACGCUCCCACCACGCCGUGCACGAGAAACCGGGAUGGGAGCUAAAGGACUGCUUGCCGAUCAGCGAUGUGGUGAUCAGCGGGGUGCCGGGGGAGAAGUUUAAGGUGCCGACGGAGCUGAUUAGGGAUGGGGCGGUGUGUGUGAAUUUCUCGAGCGAGAGGAAUUUUGAUGGGGUGGCGGUGAAGGAGAAGGCGAGUAUUUAUGUGCCGGCGAUUGGGAAGGUUACUAUUGCGGUGCUGUUGAGGAAUCAGUUGCGCCUCGUACAAAACCAAGCCGCCCGCCCCGCAGCAAUGGAAGCCGCAGUAGAAGCCACCAAAGCCGAAGUCUCGGGCGUCGUAACCCCCAUCUGAGACCGGCCAUCCAUCACGUUCCCGUAGGUUUUCACAAGUCACAGACAAUCACUUUGCGCUGCGCCCAGGGGUAUGUGGGUGAAGAGGGGUGGGAAGGGAAGGGAAUGUUCAACAUGAAGCAAUGAAUAGAUAGAUCAACCAAGGAAGGCCGAAGGGGGGAAAAAAAGACUUUGGAUAGGGAUGGGGGGG